AUGGCGGAAGUGGUCACCGCCGCAGUGAUCUCCAGCGGAGUGGAGAAGUUGAACACCAUACUCCAAGAUGAGAUGGCUUGGUUGAUGAUGGAUGUCGCGAACGAGACCGAAAAGCUUUCCAGUACGUUCUCCUCGAUCCGAGCUGUGAUUGAAGAUGUUGAAACUCGGCGAGUGGAGGACGAAGCUGUGAAGCAGUGGUUGCAGGAUCUCAAAGACGUGGCCUACGAUGUGGAUGACAUACUAGAUGAACGGAGGACGGAAGCUCUCAAAUUACAAGCAGCUGAUGAAGAUAGUGGGUACUGUUUCAGCAAGAAGAAGGUAAGAAGGUUCCUGUCGUCCGUUAACUGCUUCAAACAUGUCGCGUUACGCCACAAAAUUGGGAGUAGGAUAAAGGAGGUGAGGGGUAGAUUAGAUGAUAUCGCCCGAGGGAGAAGCCAAAUUAUGGGUCUUAGAGUACUAGAUAGUGGGGAGGGGGAGAGAGUGGAGAGUGAAGUGAGGUGGGGAGAGAUCAGAGAGCGAGAGAUAGGCUCCCGACUCGACCGACCGUUAGUUGUUGGUAGAGAAGAUGACAAAAACGAAGUCCUAGACUUGUUGCUGAAUGAAAGUAGUGGAGAGGUGAAUGAGGUGCCCUUGGUCAUUUCUAUCGUUGGAAUGGGGGGGUUGGGGAAGACCACCCUUGCUCAGCUAGCCUACAACGAUGAGAAAAUCAAGGGGCAUUUUGAGAUGAGAAUGUGGGUACGUGUUUCUGAAGAUUUCGAUGUAAAACGAAUUACGAAAUCAAUCAUCCAAUCUGCAACGGAGACUGGUUGCGAGUCAUUUGACUUGGAUCAGUUGCAAGAUUGCCUCGGGAAGAUGUUGCAUGAAAAGAGGUUCCUGCUUGUGCUUGACGACGUUUGGAGUGAAGAUCGCGAGAAAUGGGACAAACUGAGACUUCCCUUCCAAAAUGGUGCAUUAGGGAGUCGAAUUGUCAUAACCACUCGUAGUGAAAAUGUUGCGUCUGCGAUGAGAAGUGCUCACAUACACAAACUGGCAGUUUUAUCCGAUGAUGAUUGCUGGUUGUUGUUCAGUCAUAUAGCACUCGAGCAUCGGAGUGCAGAAGAACGUUCAGAGCUGGAAGAGAUUGGAAGGAUAAUUGUAAAGAAGUGCGGAGGGUUGCCUCUCGCAGCAAAGACAAUAGGGAGUGUCUUGUGCUCGAGAAGGACAAGAAGUGAGUGGGAGCUCGUCUUGCAAGACGACAUAUGGAAUUCACCUGAUGCCUUACAAGGUUUACCGGCUUUGUUACUCAGCUACUAUGACUUGCCUCCUGCUUUGAAGCAAUGCUUCGCAUAUUUCUCCAUCUUUCCGAAAGAUUUGGAGAUUGAGAAGGAUACGAUAGUCAAGUUAUGGGUAGCGCAAGGUUUCAUCCCCUCCGAUACAGGUAGAGAUGUGGAGGAAAUUGGUGGGCUGUAUAUUGAUGAUCUACUAAGACGCUCAUUGCUUCAGGAUGUAGAACUCGAUUAUGACAAUUACAUAUGCAAGUGCAAGAUGCAUGGUUUAGUUCAUGAUCUUGCGCAAUCUGUUGCUAGAAGGCACUGUUCACUGGUGGGGAUCAGAAUGCAAACUUUCUUUUACCCAAGCUAUAACCGCCAUUCUUUUUUAAUUGCCAGUGAUGAAGCUGGUGAAGUAGAUCCUAUUUGGGCCACCUUGUAUCAGGCCCGCAAGUUGCGGACGUUGCUACGAGACUCAAGAAUCUCCAGGGUGCCACAAGAUUUGUUUGAUCAUUUUCGAUUCCUUAGGGCGUUGGACUUGAGCCGCACUGACAUGAAGAUAUUGCCUCGAACAGUAGAAAAGUGGAAACAUUUGAGAUAUGUUGAUUUGUCUUACACAGACAUAGAGGUGUUGCCAGAUGGGUUGAGUAAUUGCAUCAAUUUACAGACCUUGAGACUCAAUUUUUGUCAAAGGCUAAGAAAACUGCCUAAAUGGAUUAGUACAAUGAUUAGCCUAAGACAUCUAGAAUUUCAAAGUCAUGUAACAGUUGAUAGUGCUCACCAUAUAAGUUACUUACCGCAGCGUAUAACGACACUAACUGGCCUUCGGACAUUAACAGAUUUCAUUGUGAGUGGUGGCGACAAAGGAUAUAAAUGUGGAGACUUGAAACACUUCAAACAUCUUGGAGGAAGACUUCAAAUUAUCGGCUUGGAAAAUGUUAGCAGGGACGAAGCUAGGGAAGCAGAACUGGACAAGAAGCAGAACCUUCAUACUCUAUCCUUGCAGUACGACUACAGACAUGGCGAACUGUUCCAUGAUGAGGUAAAGACGACAGAGGACGUGCUCGAAAGCCUCCAGCCCCACACAAACUUGAAAGUGCUUUACAUAUGGUGUUACCAAGGUUUCAAGCUUCCCAAGUGGACAGAGGAUCCGGUCUUCUCCAAUCUACUCAAGGUGGAACUCCAGCAUUGUCGUAAGUGUAAACAACUGCCGAGUCUUGGUAAGCUACCAUCCCUUAAAUUCCUUAAAAUUGUGGGAAUGACAGAGGUGACAACGGUGGGUAGUGAGUUUGAUAACAAUGACGGAAGUGGUGGUGGUGUCUCAUUCCCCAAGCUCCAGAUCCUCAUCUUCUCCAACAUGCCAAAUUGGGAGGCGUGGGAAUUGAGCUGUGGAGAUGGAGAGGUUAUGCCAUCAUUACUGGAAUUAGAAAUAAAUGACUGCGGAAAGCUGAAGGCAUUGCCCUACAACCUUCCACCUCUCAUUCGGAAGCUGACCUUAGACAUAAGUAAUGAUGGGAUGUCUUCGGGAGGGCCCUUUCCUUUACUCCACGAGCUUAAACAUCUGGUGAUUCGGAGGAGUCCUGAUUUGACAUCGCUCCCUUGUGGUUGGUUGGGGAAACUCAAAUCCCUCCAAACACUGGAAAUCCACAGGUGUCCAAGGUUGAGGUCUUUAUCUCGACCAGAGGAGCUGCAGCACCUUACCAUGCUUCAAGAAUUGAAGAUCUCAUUUUGUCCACUCUUGGAAAAGCGCUGCCAAAACGGAGGAGAAUAUCACGACAAGAUAGCCCGCGUCCGGAAUCUCAGCAUUGGUCAUCCCUCGUAUUCAGCACUUGGUUGA